GCAGGAUGUGGUAAGCGCAACGCUGUGAACGCGAGACGUGGCGCGAGCGGAGAAGGACGGCAGCUGGAAGUCUCGAGCGAGUUGAAGUUCGUUGGAAGGGCGGAUAAUCAAGAGCCCACGGCCGCCCCAUACAAGGCAAGGUCGGGUGGGGAGCAGUGCUGAUCCAAUCACCAGCGCUCCUGGAACGAGCCCGGAACCGAGCGACGCGUUUUGUUUUCUAUAAACUUUUACACUUUUGAAAUGUUUCUAUAGAAACCCUCUUCGACUUUUUUUGUCUAGUUUUUAGUUUUGUUUUGGAUAUGAGUGCGCCGGUAAACGGAGUAAACCCCAAACCCGGACCAGCGGUCAGUCAGAAUGGACCGGACUCUGUUUCGAAACCGAAAGAUGUCAAAGGACCCGACCCCGCGAUACCGGACGAGGACCCGCAGUCUUCGGUGGCGGAGACCACAGAGAUGGGAAUUAAAUUCGCCAAGACUUUCUUGCUUAUCUUUCCCAUUUACGUCUUGGGAUACCUAGAGUUCAGUUUCAGUUGGGUCCUCAUCGGCUUGGCCGCGCUGUUCUGGCUCAAACGGAACCGGGGCGAGAGAUUUGCUCGGGUGAACCAGGCGCUGGCGUUUAUGGAGCAAGAGGAUCGAACGGUGCGUCAGAAUCUCCAGAGCUCAGAUCUGCCGCCGUGGGUUCAUUUUCCAGAUGUGGAGAGAGUGGAGUGGCUCAACAAGACUGUACAGCAGAUGUGGCCGUAUAUUUGUCAGUUUGUAGAGAAGCUCUUUAGAGAGACCAUUGAACCAGCAGUUCAGGGAGCCCAUGGACAGCUUAGUACAUUCACCUUUACCAAGAUAGACAUGGGGGACAAGCCCCUCAGAGUUGAUGGAGUGAAAGUGUACACAGAAAAUGUAGAUAGACGACAGAUUAUUAUGGACCUCCAGAUCAAUUUUGUCGGGAACACAGAAAUCGAUGUGGACAUUAAGAAAUAUUACUGCCGUGCGGGAAUCAAGAGCAUACAGCUUAAUGGGUUGUUGAGGGUCAUCAUGGAGCCGCUGCUAGGAGACAUGCCUCUGAUUGGAGCUCUCUCCGUUUUCUUCCUCAAGAAACCGUUUCUGGAUAUAAACUGGACGGGUCUUACAAACAUGCUGGAUGUCCCAGGAAUAAAUGUUCUGUCUGACGGCAUUAUCCAGGAUAUCAUCUACAGUUACCUGGUGUUACCGAACAAACUCAACAUUCCCCUCGUAGAUAAGGCACACAUUGAUAAACUCCGAUUCCCAAUGCCCAAGGCUGUUUUGCGGGUCCACUUCCUGGAGGCACAGGACCUGUUGGGAAAAGACAAGUUUCUGGGUGGUUUGAUAAAAGGAAAGUCAGAUCCAUACGGCGUCAUUCAGUUGGGUAACCAGCUCUUUAGGUCUAAAGUCAUCAAGGAGACAGUAAACCCGAAAUGGAAUGAAGUAUAUGAGGCAUGUGUGUAUGAUCAACCGGACCAGAAUUUAUAUAUCGAGCUGUAUGAUGAGGAUCCAGAUAAGGAUGAUUUUCUGGGAAGCAUUACCAUCAAAAUUGAUGAACUGGAGAAGGAGCAGAAAGUAGAUGAGUGGUUUGUGCUUGAUGAUGUCUCUACAGGAAAACUUCAUCUAAAAUUACAAUGGUUUUCUCUUCUCUCUACACCCGAUAAACUUGAUGAGGUUUUGAGCAGCGUUAAAGCAGACAAAGGCCAGGCCAAUGAUGGGCUGUCAUCAGCUCUACUGCUGGUGCACCUGGACUCAGCCAAAAACCUGCCAAGCAUUUUUGAGGGGCGCGUGGGCAAUGGGUGUCUGAGAGAGUGCCGCUCUGCUGGGCUGGUGUUUUGUGAGAACACCGCUGCCCUCUACAGGACAAUGUUUACUGGAAAGAAAGUGACCAGUGAACCCUGUCCAUUUGUCCAGUUAACUGUGGGACACAAAUCCUUUGAGAGCAAGACUCGAUUUAAAACCACUGAGCCGGUGUGGGAAGAGGCGCACACAUUCCUGAUCCACAAUCCAAAGUCUCAGGAUCUUGAAGUAGAGGUGAAGGAUGAAAAGCGAGAGUGUUCAAUGGGCACGAUCUCUUUUCCUCUGUCUAAACUGCUGCAGGAGGAAACAAUGAUGAUCACUGAGAGAUUCCCACUGAAGAACUCAGGACCCGGUGCUUCACUAAAGCUUAAAAUGGCACUAAGGAUUCUCUGUACGGAGAACUUGACUGGAUCAGAUCAGCCAACAGCCCAGCCGUCAGCCCAGCCAUCCUCGGUUCAGGUCCGUCGCUCGAGUGCAGGCGUCGCCCCCAGCUCCUCUAAUCAACGACCCACUGUUGCAGCCACCACACCAACAUCCAAAUCUCCGCCCACCCCAACUCCCAGAACCGUUCCCUCCACACCAACACCCUCCUCGCGGGUGGAACCACAGACAGAUAGAGCUCUACUGGAAGACUCGCCCGCCCGUCUUACUAAAUCAGGGCAGAGCGCAUCAAACCUGGCCAUUUCUGGCUCUCAGCUACACCUGAACAGUAAAGAGCCAACACCCAGCAUAGCAUCAGAUGUGUCCAACCCCAGCACCGCCCUGGAACUACAGAGAACAAUACAAAUGUUACAUAAUGGCUCCUCGCCUGGUUUUGCUCCGUUGGGUGAGAUUCAGCUAACUAUCAGGCACAGUCCUCAGAGAAACAAACUAAUUGUUGUGGUGCACAGCUGCAGGAAUCUGAUCUCUUCUACUGAAAGUGGUUCAGAUCCAUACGUCCGUUUGUAUUUGCUGCCUGAUAAACGACGUUCCGGACGCAGAAAAACAAACACACUGAAGAAAACUGUAAAUCCCAUCUACGAUCAAACGUUUGAAUUCAGUGUGUCACUUGUGGAGUUACACAGAAGAACUCUAGACGUCGCUGUGAAGAAUGGAGGAGGAAUCUUGUCGAAAUCCAGAGGGCUGCUGGGAAAGGUGUUAGUCGACUCUGAGGACAUAUCAAGGGGCACAACACAAUGGUAUGAGCUUACAGUGGAUGGACAAAAGCGACAAUCCCAAUACCCCUAAUCAAAGGAAUCAACUUCCUUCACCCUACACAUAAAAAAACUACGAUUCCGAACGUCAGACAUAUUUAAGCCAUGUGUUUUAGCCUCUGGGCACAAUUUGUAUUUGUUGGUUCUUUAUUUUUUUAUUACUUUUAGCAAUUUUAUAGUGCAAAAUAAGUAAAAACCUUUAGAAAUAUGCACUGACUAAGCAAGAGUGAGAGAGAGAGAGAAUGAAAGUGGUAUAUAAUGUAAGAAUGUAGACUUUUGUAAAGCAAAAAACAAGGGGACGAAGCUCAGUGGCAUCUAGAAUAGUUGUUUACACAUUAAUACUUAUAUUAUAUACCAAUAAUUGCAAACUCUAAAAUCCACCAUUUAAAUGUUGAUGGCUGUGAGAUUAAAUAUAAUCGAGUUUAGACUGUAAAUAAAUUAUAUGUUACAAAUGAUAUGUAGUAUUCAGAAAAGUUUUAUAAAUAAUAAUCUGUUAAAAAGCACUAAACUUGUGCUUCUUUGUAAUGAAAAGUGUUAUACUGUCAUCUCUGUUCAUAUCUACAUGUGCUUCCUUUAUUAGACAAAUCUACCAAAGAAAUGCUUGGCUUACUAUAAAGAGUGUCAUUGUGUGAUUUAAACCAAAUAUACACCUAAAUGUUUGCACAACCCAGUGUUGGUAUAUGUACAUGUAAAUAUAUUCUCUGGUGUGAUCAUGCAUUCAUCCACCUGUGUAGACACGCAUCACAUGACUCUGAACACCUGGUGUGAAAACCAUUGCUGUCAUAUCUCUGAAUCUUGUUCUGCUUUUGACAUAGCACUCUGUCACACGUUCACUCCUUUCCCAAAAACACACCUGUUCACCUGUCACACACUACCUUUUAAUAAAGUCUUUUGUUUUUUUGUAUGGUUUGAUCUUAAAUGAAGGUUGUGGUUUAGUCUCUCGCAGUACUGAGCUGAGCUUGUUUUGCGCAGACGAUUAAACCUCAAACUGUUCUAACUUUGUUCCUGUCAGCAAGAAUAUGUUUUUAUUAUAUAAAUUAUUGUGUAUAAUAUGACAGAUUUUAUUAUGCCUAUUAUGUACUUAAAACAAUGAAAAGCAAAAUUAUGCAGUCAAGAGUGUUUCUCUGUGCUGAGCUUGCCUUAUUGAUGUGUAUAUUUUGUGCCUUAUGACCAACAAUAUAGUUAUCUGAGAGGAUAUUUGACAUCAGGUAGAGGAUUGUUAUGUCUUUGUAUCUGAUGAUGUUCACUUUAAUUAAUAAAAAAUUUCCUCUGUACCAGUA